AUGCUCUGGAGUCAUCCCUGCACUCCCUGUCGUAGGGAUGUCCUACGCUUUUGUUCGCAGAGAUUGCGCUCGCCACGCAUCGUACGGCCACAAUCUUCAUCAUUGCUAGCAAGGUAUCUUGCGACACAGUCUGUAGCGCAUACUUCUGAUGAGGCACCUAAACGGGAAUCUCUUGCAGUCCCCGCUUCCGCUAGAUUCAACGAGAUCGGAGUCCAACAAUUAAGCGACCAUGUCUACUCCCAAGUAUUUCUUCAGAAAGCAGAACCGCCAGAUCCCAGUCUGGUCGCUUUGUCAAAGGAACAUCUGUCAAGGCACGAUUUACUUGGAAAGUCACAAGAUGCCGCGGAGCCCAUCGCCUUUGACAUGCCCGCCCUUCAAGGGCAAUCGCUUGAUGAGCAUUUCUACAAACUGGGAAUGGAUGCAUCGGAGCCCUAUCUCUCCUAUUCCAAGCAGUACGCCGUGGUGAACUCUCCGGAGAAGCCGCGCAAAUGGAUUAAACGCAGUGGAUGGACAAAGUACAGCAGCGACGGCUCGUGGGAAGCGGUUGAUGCACCGAAUGAGGCCAUGUUGACGUUCGACACCGAAGUCAUGUACAAGGAGCAUUCUUUUGCUGUUAUGGCUUGCGCUGUUAGUCCUACGGCUUGGUAUGCUUGGAUAUCGCCCUGGUUAUUAGGAGAGUCGGAAAACCCGGUCCAGCUCGUUCCCCUCGGAGACCCGUCGAAGCCGCGAAUUGUCGUGGGCCAUAAUAUUGGUUAUGAUCGCGCUCGCGUUCUUGAGGAGUAUGAUAUGGCCCAGUCUCGCAACUUCUUUCUUGAUACCAUGUCCCUUCACGUGGCUGUGAAUGGUAUGUGUUCACAGCAGAGACCUACCUGGAUGCGGCACAAGAAGAAUAGGGACUUGAGAAACAAGAUCGCGAGUGAGAGUAACUCGGUUGAGCUGGCAGCCCUACUAGAAAGUAAGAUGCUCAGUGAUGAGGAAGAAGAACUCUGGGUAGGAAGGAGCUCGGUGAAUUCGCUUCGUGACGUGGCCAAAUUCCAUUGUGAUGUUACGAUUGACAAGGCGCAACGUGACUAUUUCGGUGAACUUGACAGAGACGGAAUCCUGGGGAAGUUGGAGGAACUGCUCGAUUAUUGUGCAGCGGAUGUUGCCAUUACCCACCGAGUGUACAAGAAAGUAUUCCCUAACUUCCUUGAAGUCUGCCCGCACCCUGUCAGCUUUGGCGCCCUUCGACAUCUCUCUUCGGUAAUUUUGCCGGUGAAUGAGACUUGGAAGGAGUACAUCGCCAAUGCGGAAGCAACCUAUCACCAGCGUCUUGAGGAUGUUCAGCGAAAAAUGAUCGAACUUUGCGAGGAAGCUUUAAAAGUCAAGGACUCUCCGGACAUCUAUACGAAUGAUCCCUGGCUGCGGCAGUUGGACUGGUCCGGCCAGGAGGUGAAGAUGAUCAAAGGAAAGAAGAAAGGCGACCCUCCGCGACCCGCUGCCAGGCAGAAGAAGCCGGGUAUGCCGAAAUGGUAUAAAGAUCUGUUUGCCACCAACACAUCAGACAUCAACUUGUCUGUGCGUACUCGUAUCGCGCCUAUACUUCUCAAGCUGUCCUGGGACGGUUACCCUUUGACAUGGUCUGAUAAGUAUGGGUGGACUUUCAAAGUCCCGCGCGAGCUUGUCAAGAAUUAUGAGAACCAGCCUGUCGUUCUAUGCGACAUGUCCGAGGAGAAGAAUCCCGAAUUGCAGAAUGACAGAAAACAUGUUUACUUCAAACUUCCGCACAAGGAUGGCCCUCAAGCACGGUGUACAAACCCUCUAGCGAAAGGGUACAUGCAGUAUUUUGAACGUGGAACGCUCUCAUCCCAGUACGCCCUCGCCAAGGAGGCGCUAGAGAUGAAUGCAUCCUGCUCUUACUGGAUCAGUGCUCGUGACCGUAUCAUGGGUCAAAUGGUAGUUUACGAGGACGAAGUGCGAGACCAGGCAUCGAGUAGCAAGACAGACCACCGGCUCGGGUUCAUCCUGCCACAGAUCAUUCCAAUGGGAACCAUCACCCGAAGGGCAGUUGAAAACACAUGGCUUACAGCCAGUAAUGCGAAAGGGAACCGUGUCGGGUCUGAGCUCAAGGCCAUGAUCAAAGCUCCGCCUGGCUACUCUUUUGUCGGCGCAGAUGUCGAUUCUCAGGAACUAUGGAUUGCCAGUCUUGUUGGGGAUGCCCAGUUCCAGAUCCACGGCGGCAACGCCAUCGGGUUUAUGACACUAGAAGGAUCGAAGGCAGCAGGGACUGAUAUGCACUCCCGAACUGCCCAGAUCCUGGGUAUCUCACGUAACGAUGCCAAGGUGUUUAACUAUGGACGUAUCUAUGGAGCUGGCGUCAAAUUCGCCGCUACUUUGCUGCGUCAAUUCAAUCCGUCCAUGUCAGAAAGGCAGACCCAGGAGGUUGCAACAAAAUUAUAUAAAGAAACGAAGGGUACCCGUACGACUCGCCGUAUACUCUGCGAAGGUCCUUUCUGGAGGGGUGGAACCGAGUCAUUUGUCUUCAACAAAUUGGAAGAAUUCGCUGAGCAAGAGAGGCCCAGAACACCUACACUUGGAGCCGGAAUUACUGAAGCGCUGAUGCGGCGCUUCAUUAACAAGGGAAGCUUUAUGACAUCGAGGAUUAACUGGGCCAUUCAGUCGUCUGGCGUUGAUUAUCUCCAUCUCUUGAUUGUCGCUAUGGACUACCUCAUUCGUCGCUUCAAUAUCGCCGCUCGUCUGGCAAUCACUGUCCAUGACGAGAUCAGAUAUCUAGUCAAAGACGAAGACAAGUAUCGAGCUGCGCUGGCAUUACAGGUUGCCAAUGUGUGGACCCGUGCAAUGUUCUCGCAGCAAGUCGGGAUCAACGACCUUCCCCAGUCCUGCGCGUACUUCUCAGCUGUGGACAUCGACCACGUCCUGCGGAAAGAGGUUGAUAUGGACUGUGUAACCCCAUCCCACCCGCACAAGAUUCCCCACGGUGAGAGUCUUGACGUCGCUCGGCUCUUGGACAAGAACGAAAAGGCAUUCCUUGAUCCCACCAUCACCCCCAUCUCACCACCCAACCCUCAGCAAUACGAGUAUACGCCACGACCGUCAGUCAUGUCCGCACUUCAGACUUCUCACCCAGCUUUUAUCCGCGCUCAGAUCUCGAAGGACGACAACGAACUCCGAGACAUAAUCAAGGAUCUUACUAAACAAAAGUCCACGCUGACGCCCCCAAACGCGCGUUCGCCCAUCAACCGUGCAAGAGCCUCUGGCCCGGUGGCAGCAGAACCACAAAAGGCCAUUCUGAUGGACAUCGGGCCAAGUCUCUAUCCUGAUUUCAAAAGCCUUCCCCAAGGGAGCCGGUCUCCCCAGGUUAGCUUCAACCGUCAGAAUUGGAAACCGAGACCAUCGGCCCGAGCUUAG